AUGGCUGCAGCUAAUCUUCCGGAAAUUUGUCUUCGAAAAAUUUUUAAUAGUUAUAAUAAUUUAGAGUAUAGUAUAGGCUUUAAACGUUCAUUGGUUUUAAUUAAUCGUUACUGGUGUGAAACACUUACACCGGAACUCUGGAGUGAUCCUUUUGAAAAUUGCGAAACAGACGAAGGAUACGAAUUAUUAAUUGAUACAUAUCUUAAAUGUUUACCUCCUAAUGUGCUGAAAAACCUUGGACUUGUUACUUCGUCUUCAUCUAUUGCAUUUGAUUAUCCAUCUUAUUUACGACAUCUUGAUCCCAAUGUAAUAUUUUCAGGUGUUAAAGUUUGGGUAGAACAAACCAUUCGACCGGAUAUUGACUUUUUUGAGAAAGAACGAAGAAUUAUGGCAAUAUAUUGUGCACUUUUGGGAAAUUUUAUGAUAAGAGCGAUGUCAAUCCAAAAAGUUACAUUAUAUGAAACACAAUUUGUGAAUUUCUUUAAUUUUUCUGGAGCAGAAAUGUGCCUUUCAGCAAUUCAAACUUUUCAUUGUAAUGUUAGCGAUGCUGGAGCUAUGGAAUUAUCAAAUAUUUUACAAUCAGCUUUGAUGGUUGCAAAAAAUGUUCAAAAAUUAAAAAUUUGCUUGAUAAAUAUUGACAUCUGUAUUGAUUCUAUAGUCAGAAAUAUGGCGUGCUUUAUUAAAAAUCAACAAAAUUUAAAAGUUGUAUCUAUUGAAAGUUUCGAAAGGGAUUUUCGCAAACUUUGGAAAUCAAUUUCUUUACAUUUUAACACAUUAAUUGAUAUUAGACUCGUUUCUAUAAAAUUUAACGAACGUAAACCUUUUCAACUUCAAGAAUUAGCCCUCAUCCCUAAUUUAGAAGUCAUCAAAGUUUAUAAUUGUGAAAAUUUGGAAUUUUCAUCUUUUCAGAAAAUUGUUCCGAUAGCAUUUCAAAAGAUUCAUAGAUUUAAAGUGGAGAAUUGUCGAAAAUUUCCAGUAAAUUUUAUUAAGAUCGUUUUAUCCAGAUCUAACAAAACAAUGAGAGAUGUUGGAUUUCGAGGACUUGAUACGAAUGUAGAGAUACUUAAAUUAUGUAUAAAAUACUGCACAAAAAUUACUAGAAUUGAUACAACUGUCAAACGAAGUCAAUUUCCAGUACUUAUCGAAUUAUUAGAAGUAUGUAAAGAUUUACGAGAAAUUUAUAUUGACGAUAUGAUUUAUAUAGAUGAAUAUACAGCGUUGAUUAGUAAUAAACAUAAUAUUUCUUUCGAAGAUGGAAAUGAAAUUAUUAAACGACUUGGAAAAGCACUCCCACGAAAAGUUCAAUCAUUUAUAUUUAAUUUGGAUUGGUCGUUUACACCACAAUCUUUGGAAUCAUUUUUAGAAAGUUGUGCUGUUAAAGAAUUAAGAACACUUUCUUUUCCUUUAUAUAAAUCAUUUUCUUCUAAGCAUUUGAAUGCUGUAUUGAAAUAUUGUUCUGGUACUUUGAAGAAUUUACAUCUCAAUACGAAUAAGCAUAUACCUGAUAGAGACUUAGAAAAAGCUAGAGAUAAUGUUGAAUACAUUAUUUUUGAUGGUGGUGAAUAU